CUUUUUUUGCACAUGAUGGGCACUUGGCAACUUGAUAUCAUGCAAGCAACGUGGCGUCGAGCGGCGGUGCGGCUCUUCUCGGAUAGCUCGCGACCGACGAAUCUCAUGGCGGAUGUGCAUGGAACGACGCACGGCAAGAAAGCUUGGCGCAACAAACCCCUGUUCCGUCGCGAAGGGGACAAGAAGUUCCGCACCGGAACCGAAGCCGCUGAUAUGCUGUACGAGGAAGCCCACCGUCGUGACCCGUACCAAACCGAAUUUCUGACCGCCGUCAAAAGUUUCACGGAGUCGGUUGUGCCAGUGUUUGACCGGUACCCCAAGUAUGCUUGGGUGAUGAAGCAACUCAUGGAACCGGAGCGUGUGAUUCAAUUCCGUGUCCCAUGGGUCGACGAUUCGGGCAGUCGCCGCGUGAACCGAGGCUUCCGCGUGCAAUUCUCCAGCUGUUGCGGUCCAUACGUCGGCGGCCUUCGCUUCCACCCCGAGACACGUCACGGCACGGUCAAGUUCCUAGCGUUUGAAAACGUGUUUCGGAAUGCCGUGUACGGUCCGUUGGGCGGUGCGGCCGGCGGCGCCGACUUCAACCCGCUCGACAAGUCUGAGGCGGAGAUCAUGCGGUUCUGCCAAUCGUUCACGACCGAGUUGGCGAAUUACAUUGGACCAACCACCGACAUCCCCACCGCCGGCGUCAACGUCGGUCCGCGCGAGCUCGGGUUCAUGUUUGGUCAGUUCAAGCGUCUCCGGCAGCUGCAUCCCCUGGGCGUGGACGGGGUGCUGGGGGGCAGCGCGUACUUUCCGCAAGUGCCUGGUCACGGCCUAGCGCAUAUGGCCAAGCUCAUGGUCGAAGCAAACGGCCAGAGUCUGGUGGGGAAGCGGUGCUUGAUCUCUGGGUCGGGCACGGUGGCGCUGAACGCGGCCGACAAGCUCCUGGACUUGGGCGCGAUUCCCAUCGGGUUUAGCGACGUCUGGGGCCACGUCAUCGAGCCCGCCGGGUUUACACGCGAGCAAUUGCACCGUCUCAAGCAAAUCAAGGCGGAGCACAAGGCGCAUCUAGGGGGGUACAUCAUGACAUCCACAAGUGCCACGUACUGCCCCACGGAAGACGGGAGUCUCUGGGACGUUCCCUGCGACUAUGCAUUUCCUUGCGCCAUGCAACACGACCUCGAUGGUACGGUCGUCUUCGUCGUUGUCUAUGCGAUAGAGUGAAGGGGGGAGUGGUGACCUUUCACUGCAAUGUGUGACAAGGGGGGGCGUUGUAAUGUUGGGCCGGUUGCAUGUUCAUGUAGAGGAAAAAGCCAAGAAACUCAUCAAGAACGGCUGCAAGGGCCUCUUUGAAGGCGCGCACUUGCCCCUCAGCCAAGAAGUAAAACGCGCGUUCCUUUCCGAAUCUCAAAAGUUCUCAUGAACUGACUACCCUUAAACGUUAUGUAACGUUAGGCGAUCAAGUACAUUCAGCAAAGCAACGCCAUCUACGGACCGUGUAAAGCAACCAACGGCGCCGCGCUCGCGCUGAUCACUCGAACGUCCGGCUUGAGUGCAUUGCGUCCCGCUGACAUUGACCGCAUUGUCCAAGAGUGCAUGCAAGAUGUGUUUUCGGCUAUCUCGACCACGGCCGUCGAGUUCAACUUGGCGCGCGGCGACUACCAUGCGGCCACCAACAUCACGGGCUUCCUCAAAGUCGCCCAAGCCAUGUUCCGCCAAGGCGCGGUCUAGUCUCCAUGCCUUGGACCUGGUCGCCGAUACAAGUAACGUAAAAAAGUGCAAUUUACAGUUAAAAUAAAAAUACUUUUUUCCACGCAAGGCAUG